UUGCUCUCUUCUCUCAUUUCUCUCCUCGUACACUACAAUUAAAAAUGGCUUCCCAGACCUGGUUUGACGGCCUUAAGAGGUCCUUCGCCGAUGUUCCCGUUGGCGCAGACAACUCCAUCUCUACCACCGAGUUCCUUGAAGCCGCCGAAUCCCUGACUACCUUGUUCGAUGUGCUCGGAUCUAAGGCUUUCUACCCCGUUAAGAGCGACCUCCUUGGAAAUGUCAAGAAACUCAAAGACCGGCAGCUGGCUGCCCCCGCCGAGUCUGAGACUGUCCAGUCUCUCUCUGUGAAUGAGCUGAAGACCAAGAAGCACAUUGCCUCUGAGGGUCUGCUCUGGCUUGUUAGGGGUCUUGACUUCACUGCCCAAUCCCUCCGCCGCCACGUCGACAACACCUCCGAGAAGCUCGCUGACUCCUUCCGUGGAGCCUACGGCGUUACCCUCAGCAAGCACCACGGUUGGGCUAUCAAGCCGGUCUUUAACCUGGCCAUGGGUGCUGCCCCUGACAAUGAGAGCUUCUACAAGUCCCUGGCCUCCAGCACCUCUGUCUCCGACGAGGUCAAGGCGAAGAUCCAGGAGCAGUUGACCCGCGAGGUGAAGGCUCUGGAGAACAUCGUUUCCAUUCUUCAGAAGUUCCAGGAGCAGCCGGAUGCCAAGUGGUAGAUCUAAAGGUGACCAUUCGCGUUGUUUCCGUUCAUUCACAACCAUUUCUAGUGCAUAAUAUUUCAUCGUAUCAUGCUCUAAACAUGUAUAUAGGUGGCUAUACAUACCUGAUUUCAGAAGCGAGCAGGACCUCUAUUCAGGACACAGUUGCUUUAUAAAAGAGCUCAUCAUAUUAUUCAAAGAUAUCAUACAAUACUACAUACUAUGUUGCUGUGCUGGCUUACCUUUGCCUUUCUUGGUCGCCAUUGUGAC